AUGUGUGUGGAGCAGCGGCGGGCGGCGCUGGACGGGAUGGAGCGCGACGUCCGGGCCAGGCUGCUGUCCUUCAUGGGGUGGUGCCGGAGGCCACCGGGCGGCGAGCCUCGCGCGCUCGGGGCGCCACCCGAUCCGCUGCUGCGGUCCGGCAGCGAGGAGCUGGAGCGGCAGUCUUCCGCGUCGGGCAGCGACUGCGAAGAGUCGCAGGGCCCGCUUCCGAUUGGGAGCGGGGUGUCGCCGGAUCAUCGGCCCCCGUCUACCUCGGGAGACGGCUCCACGCCCGCACGAUCUUACGUGAGGGGCGUCGUGGCGGUGCAGAACGAGAGUCGUCGCUCCUAUUAUGCGAGCUGCUCUUUCUGGAACCUGGCGUGCCGUACAAGAUCUCAGGAGUCUUUCCAGGUUGCCCUGGAGCAACACAUCCUUCUGGUGCAGAUCAGAGAUAUGGCGAACAAGCUGCGCAAGGGUCAUCAAAAUAAGCACGGCCCCCACACUACAGCCAUUCUGCGAGAGGCUUGCGACAGCGUCCUUGCGGCCAGCAACAUGACGAGAGAAGAGAUGGGCAUGUACUGCACUGCCAAGAUACAGCUCGGCAGAAACGAUUGCAAGUGCAGGGCUGAGACGCCCGUCCUUCCCUGGGAGGAGUCCUUGGCCUGGAGGGCGAGGCUGCUCGAGGUGAGGACUUUGGGGUGGCAUUCCCUGCGAGCGUGCUGGGUGGAGCUCCUGCAGCACCCGGGGUACAAGCGCAAGAGGCCGCUGAGCGCAGAGCAGGCAGCCGGCUUCGUCGACGCGCUGAGGCACAUCGCGGAGCCGGCCGUCUCGCGAAUGAUGGAGAGCGGGAGCAGCGGAAGGGCCAGCGGGCCGCCCUGGGCGAGCGCGCCCGGCUGCAGGCCCGCUUCUCCCGGUCCCUGCAGAGGGUCCGCCGUGCUCUGCGGCUCGAGGCGCGCCUGCGGGUCACGCUGGAGCAGGAGAGCGCGCUCGGGCGCAGGCCCGCCAGCUGGAGAGGAGGCGGCGCUGGCUGAAGCGGAUUCCCAGCCGGGAUGCGACGCUGGAGGACCUGAUGGAGCCGAUGCCUGA